UAUUUUAAUAAUUCGACUUAAGUCUGGCAACAGGGGCUGGAAGGUGAUAACAAACUGUUUACAUGCGCCCGCCCAUGAACCAAAACAUGGAGUAGUUAGCUAACCUCGGUGUAACGCGUUACAGUACUCCCGUUACCAGCCAGCCCUGCCUCUACUAUCUCUCCGUCUGCCGCUUUGUCUACGCAUUCAUGUGGGUUUUUCCCUUCGCAGUGUCGGUGUUGCGCCUCUCUGGUCUGUCAUCCUCUCAGCCAUUGGCCUCAGAGACCAUCAGUCUUCCCUUCACAACAAUAGACCCCCACGCGCACACACGCACAUCCACGCGCCGUUACAAACGCGCACAGCGCUUUCGAGGAGCGACGGUGAAAUGUUGGUUAAACUGCGGGUUAUCGACUCCUUUCUUUCCAGCUUCACAUCGGCGAGGAGCGCAGGGAAACCUCUGCGAUGCGUUCAACCGGGGACGCAUCGGAGUUGAAAUAAGGGAAACACGGGGGUCGGGGGAGAAAAAGCCGAGGGGGGAGAUUUUCCUACGAGGAUGACUGACUGGUGACAAAGAAAACGGGGAGCCCCUCUGGCUUCGGUUGUCACCCGCUAGAACUUGACGGAAGGCAUUUUGGGGGACCGGCUUGCUCUUACUUGGACAGCCAAAGAUUUUUUAUCAUCAUUAUUUUUUGGAGGGGAACCAUGCCUGUCCGGAGGGGUCAUGUUGCGCCACAAAACACAUUUUUGGGAGUAAUUAUUCGGAAAUUCGAGGGACAAAAUAAGAAAUUCAUCAUAGCUAAUGCCCGGGUGCAGAACUGUGCUAUUAUCUACUGUAAUGACGGCUUCUGCGAAAUGACGGGCUUCUCCAGGCCGGACGUCAUGCAGAAGCCGUGCACCUGCGACUUCCUGCACGGCCAGUUCACCAGCCGGCACGCGGUGGCCCAGGUGGCCCAGGCGCUGCUGGGCUCAGAGGAGCGCAAGGUGGAGAUCACCUACCACCGCAAGGAUGGUUCAGACUUCCUCUGCGCCACCCAUAUCAUCCCCGUGAAGAACGAGGAGGGCGUGGUCAUGAUGUUCAUCCUUAACUUUGACUACAUCCUGGAUGAGGGCAGCAGCGACUCGCUGGAGAGACUCAAUCACACAUCACCUUCCAAAGCUGAUCAACGGAAAGGGAGAUUCUUUCGCUUCCGUUUCCCGGCCUUACCUCUCCUGGGCAUCAGCAAGCAGUCCCUGCCCCAGGAGGACCCAGACGCGGUGAUGGUGGACUCCCCUCAUCACAGCGACGGUUCAGUGGCUACGCACGACUACCAACUUCCUACUACCCGCGAGAGCUGCAGUCCCUCAUAUGCUAACGACACCCGCGCCCUCAUCGGCCCCAGUCACUGUUCCACCCCUGUGUCCGGGCCUUUGGACCACUCGUCGCCCAAAGGCCCCUGGGACAGGAUAUACCAGGACCAGGCCGUUGCCCAGACCCAACACCAGAGCCAGGAGGACACAUUCAUUGCCGCUCCGUCAAUCCCGGGCCUCACGCCAACCGCCUCCAGAGAGAGUGUGUGCAGUAUUCGCAGAGCCUCCUCUGUACAUGACAUGGAAGGCUUUGGGUCCAACUCCAAGAUGGUGUUCAGAGACAGACAUGCCAGUGAAGACAAUGGUCGCAAUAUCAAAGUAUCUCGCUCCUGGAUGGCUGGGGGGCCACUCAGCCAGAUCAAAUCCAGCCUGCUCGGCUCCACCUCUGACUCCAACCUCAACAAGUACAGCACCAUCAACAAGAUUCCUCUCAUCACGCUCAACUUCUCAGAGGCCAACAAUGAGAAGAAGUGCCCCUCGCCUCCAUCCUCUGAGAAAACCAUCAUUGCCCCAAAAGUCAAAGACCGCACACACAACGUCACCGACAAGGUCACACAGGUUCUUUCUCUGGGUGCAGAUGUGCUACCUGAGUACAAGCUCCAGACACCGCGUAUAGACAAGUGGACCAUCCUUCACUACAGCCCCUUCAAAGCAGUGUGGGACUGGCUGAUCCUGCUGCUGGUCAUCUACACGGCCAUUUUCACACCCUACUCUGCUGCCUUCCUCCUCAAUGACAUUGAGGAGCAGAAGAGGCGGGAGUGCGGCUACUCCUGCUCACCACUAAAUGUAGUGGAUCUGAUUGUGGACAUCAUGUUCAUUGUGGACAUUCUAAUAAACUUCAGGACCACUUACGUCAACAUCAAUGAGGAAGUGGUCAGCCAUCCGGCCAAGAUUGCCAUCCACUACUUUAAAGGCUGGUUCCUCAUAGACAUGGUGGCUGCCAUCCCAUUUGACCUGCUCAUCUUUGGCUCAGGAUCAGAUGAGACCACCACUCUGAUUGGUCUACUGAAGACAGCCCGUCUCUUACGGCUGGUACGUGUCGCCCGUAAGCUAGACCGCUAUUCAGAGUACGGUGCUGCCGUUCUCAUGCUGCUCAUGUGCAUCUUUGCCCUCAUCGCCCACUGGCUGGCCUGCAUCUGGUACGCUAUCGGCAACGUGGAGAAGCCUUACCUGGAGCACAAGAUUGGCUGGCUGGAUAACCUGGGGGUGUCAAUAGGAAAAAAAUACAACUACAGCGACCCCAGCUCAGGCCCCUCCAUCAAAGAUAAGUACGUCACAGCACUCUAUUUCACCUUCAGCAGUCUGACCAGUGUGGGCUUUGGGAACGUCUCCCCCAACACCAACUCUGAGAAGAUCUUUUCCAUCUGCGUCAUGCUCAUUGGAUCUCUAAUGUACGCCAGCAUCUUUGGGAAUGUGUCCGCCAUCAUCCAGAGGCUGUAUUCAGGUACAGCCAGGUAUCACCUCCAGAUGCUACGGGUCAAAGAAUUCAUCCGCUUCCACCAGAUCCCAAACCCACUGAGGCAGAGGCUGGAGGAGUACUUCCAACACGCCUGGACGUACACCAACGGAAUCGACAUGAAUAUGGUCCUGAAGGGUUUUCCAGAGUGCCUGCAGGCGGAUAUCUGCCUCCACCUCAACAAGAACCUCCUCCAGGGCUGUAAGGCGUUUCGAGGAGCCACCAAGGGCUGCCUCCGGGCGCUGGCCAUGAGGUUCAAGACCACCCACGCGCCCCCUGGAGACACCUUAGUCCACUGUGGAGACGUGCUCACAGCGCUUUACUUUGUCUCACGUGGCUCCAUCGAAAUCCUCAAAGAUGACGUGGUGGUGGCCAUCCUGGGUAAGAACGACAUCUUCGGUGAGAUGAUCCACCUGUUCGCCAAGCCAGGGAAAUCCUGCGCGGACGUGCGGGCGCUGAGUUACUGUGACCUCCACACCAUUCAGAGGGAGGAGAUUCUGGAGGUGCUGGACAUGUAUCCAGAGUUUGCCGACCACUUCCUCACAAACUUGGAGCUGACCUUUGACCUCCGUGAUGAAAACGCAAAGACGACGUAUCCACAAGCAACUGAUUCCAACAUGGAUGACAUCAAGUGUCGAAGACGGGUGUCCUACAGAAGGAAAUCCUCCGCAGGUUCCCACAACAAGGAGCCGGUGGCCACCUACUGUGACACCAAGCAGGGGAGGCAGAUCUACGCCUCCACAGCAGCUGAGGAGAGGAGAGAGUCGGCCGAGGAGGGAGAGGACGAGGAGGAGGAGGAGGAGGAGGAAGGCAGGGAGGAGGAAGAGGAGCAGAGGCCUUUGUGUUCCGGCGUGCUGGGCUACCCGGUAGUUAGGGACCACUCCCUAGGCUUCGGGCUGAGCAGCGCCCCAGACACACAGGCUGAUGACAACACACAGGACCAAGAAUAUAAAGAGCACCAUGCAGACGAGUGGGAGCAUCAGCGUCCCAGUGAGAACGCAGAGGAGUCAGCCCAGUGUCAAGAGACGCCAGCCGGGGAGGAUGACAGCGACACAGACCUCACCUACGGAGAGGUGGAGCAACGGCUGGACCUGCUGCAGCAGCACCUCAACAGACUGGAAUCUCAGAUGACUGCAGACAUCCAGGCCAUCCUGCAGCUCCUCCAGAGGCAAACAGCAGCCGGCCCCCCCGCCUACAGCACCGUCACCUCCAGCCCGGAGUACCAGAGGCCAGCCGUCAGGAUCCAGCCGGUGUCUGCCAUCCAGACAGAUCUCAGCCUUGGUCCUGCUCCGCCUCGGCCACAGAGCCCCGGCCCAGAGAUAGCUCAGAACAAAUCCAAAGAAACCUCCCCAGUCCUCCUCCACACAGAGACUCUUCCAGACGGGAACUUUGCUGGGCUGCUCGAGAGCGACACAGACACAGAGCAGAGACACACACAAAACAACACACGCUCUCUAGAGCAACAGCACCACCAACAGCCACCGAGGCUCCCUUCAGGCCGACAAGCUUCUCUACCUGAUGUCCCCAGCAGCUCAGGAAUGUUGGGACUCCACAGGCCAGUUUCUGACCCGGGGCUUCCAGGAAAGUAGGGCCCCCACCCCACCCCACAGCCCCACCCUUCGACACUGACUGAAGGUCUUCUCUCAAGCUUGACUCAGGGUCUAAGAAAGAGACUGAAUAUGCAAAGGAAAACAAACUGUAGACUUUCUUCCAUUCCUUUUCGGAAAAUCUCCCAGCCCCACCCCUUCCUACUCUCUGAUUUAGAUGUAUAAAGUCCAUUUAUACAGAGGUAUUUAUACACUAUAUUAUUAACAUAUGUAAAGUCAUCAUCUACUGUGUACAUACUUCAAAUAGAACACUGCCAGCAACACAAGGCACCUGAUGUGCUUUUUCUAAAAAGAGAUAUGCAUGUUUUUGUUCCUCAUGUUUUCUUUUCUGUUGCAUGUUCCUCACACACACUGCAACUCACCAGGCAAUCAGGUGUGAUCUUGGCAUGCUUACAGACUACUGUAGCUAUCAAGUCUCAUUUUCUAUGACUCUUCCCUCUUCACAGGGACAAAGCUACUUGAAACUCUUUCUUAGGCAUUUCUAUCUCUCAGCUUUGAAGUUCAUCUUGUAUCAGCAGCUCCAAACAAUUGACGCAGUUACAAACUCACGAGGAGAUCUGUCUGUAUAUUUAGCGUGCCUACUGUACACCACAUUGCCACAACACAUGAAUAUCACUUCUUAGUCAGUUCCAAAUACAUGACACAGUGUAGUAAUAAUGUGCGUAGAGGCCGUGUGGACAUUCCAUAGCACAAGACUUUUGUCAGCCUUUGAGAGCAAUAAUGAUGAACCAGUGCAGGAAAUACACUGAGUCUCGGUGUAUUUCUAGAGUUUAAUACACUUUGGAAAUAAUUUUCUACAAGCUAAAGAAGAAACAGAGAAACUCUGAACAGCAUUUCUGUUGGGAUUUCAUUUGCUUGACAAUAUCAAAGUUAAUGUUAAGAUCUGUCUGUGAAUUUAAAACUCAACCUUCAUAAACAGAACAUGGCAGAGGUUAACUGUAAAUGUUCAAGACACUAAAUGAAUGAAGUAGAUGUGACAAACCAUGACAUAUAAUUACCAUAUAACUGCCUGCAUCAUAUCAAUAUUACAUAAGCAUGGUUGUGGGGUAUUUACAGUUGCAGUCAAACCUUGUAAGGGACACUUAUGUUGAGGCUGUGUUGGGAUUGUAAUGAACAACAACAUGAUUUUUCUGUGUCACAAAAAAACAAAUGAGGGUGGUUGAUAGAUGUUUUCAUGUGUCUUCUGAAAAUACACCAAAAUCUAACUGGUCAAAUACAGAGCUAACAGCUAACAUGUGGUUGCCUUCAUCAGUUUAAUCAGCCACUUUUGGUGACUGCUGACAAAUGUAUUUAUUUUCUUGAAUGGACUUGUGUUUUCAGGUCAGUCAACAUGAGUCAGGACUUUUGGAAGGCAGUUUGGCCAUCCCAAUUGAGCUUUAGAUGGGGUCAUGAUCUUGUUGGAAGACCCAGUCACAUCCAACAUUUAACUUUCUGGCAAAUGGUUUGAUUUUGUCCUGAAAACCAGAAUCUUCCUUCUCCACUAUUCCAACCACUUUCUGCAGAGCAUGAAUUCCACUGACAGCACUAGGUACUGAGUUAGAUUCCUCACCUUUCCUCCCAUAAAUUUACCUCUUGUACCUCAGCUCAAAAAACUGUAGGGGACUUUUUGUUCCUACACUUAUAAUUCAUGGUGAUUUUUUUUGUGUGUGUGUGUGUGUGUGUGUGUGUGUGUGAGUGAGAGAGAGAGAGUGAGAGAUUCUUUAAUAACUGCCUGGACCAGUUGUCCCCAAGCAGAAGGUGAUAGUUUUGGUUUACAGAUGCUGAGACAUCUGUUCCCAGUUCUUUGUACCUAAUGAAAAACUAAUUACACUCAUGAUCUUGGGACCUGAAGUUGCUAUGACAUUUUUGAAAUCUCUGCCACCAAUCUAAUAUCACAGUGAGCUGCAGCAUGUAUAUUUUUGACCAGUUAGUUUGUCAUAUUUUCAGAAAACUCACAAAUAGUGUAAAAAAGAAACCAAACAUUAUUUCACUUUUUGAGUACAUUUCCCAGUCUCUCUGUAUAAAAUCCUCAAUCUGUCUUGACAUAAAUGUCCCUUACAGGUGUAUGUAAAAUAGUUAAAUUCUGACUGUAACUGUAAGACUGCUGGACAGAAAGCAACAUCCUGAAUCCUCUUCAUAGAUGGAGGGAACUCUGACUGUCCCAUAUAAUCCUUUUUGGUUGCAUGUUUUAGGUCUUCCAUUAUCUUCUUGAAAAGUACAAUUUUCUAAAUAAAGAAUCACCACUAACAAACAUCAACUGAAAAAAUACACAAACAAACAACAACAACAACAAAAAAAAAAAAAGAGUUCAGCCUUCAAUAGCCUUAGCUUUAUUAGCCUGCUCUAGCCUUUACAAACAACAUCAAUCCAGUGCAACAAAAACCUGCUUCUCCACCGCCACAGAUGUAAAUGUACUCAACCAUGAAACUGCAUGACGAAAAUGAAUUAGUCAUUUUAGUUUUCUAACGACACAGAUUCCAACACGAGCUCAUGUAUUGCAUGGAGACUGCACUUGACUAAAUUAUCAAAAGGUCUCAAUCAGCUGUGUGUGACAUGUAUUGAUACGUAAGGUACAGCACAUAACUCAUCCACAGAGAUUUAGAGACAACCGUUAGACCUAUUUUUCUAAAACAAAAUAUUUAAUUUGCCAUUAUUUUUCUAUGUACCUGAUUUGUUCUUAAAAACCCCUGAUGUUAGUUAGAAUGGUGUGGACUGAUGGGAUGAUGGGAAGACGAUGAAUGCAAUGUAUAGCCUCUCAAUGUAGCAAGCAAGAUUCAGUGACAGGCAGCACUUAAAGCUGGGUGUUGCAUAGACUGUAUGCUGUUUGAAUAGUUUGUCUUGAACUGAUAUUGCACAUUGAUUUUCAUAUCAUUUCUGCAGAGUUUCUCCACUGACUUCUCUCUCUGAACUUCCUCAGCGUGUUGAAACAGGAGAGUUGAAACCCAACUCUAAAACAAGUCUGGGCUUCAUUUUGUCCCCUGACUCCCUCCACUGGAAACCCUCUCCCUCCUAACCCCUGGUGAAAACAUGUAGAAGUGAUGAAAGGGUUUGUAAGAUGUGAGAGAAAUGAUGAAAUGUUAUCAGAUGUCUAGAUGAAAAAGCUUUGUUUCCUACACUUUAUGGAAGAAGCGAGAAGUCCGACAUAUUGGGGAAACAUUAUCUGAAUAGAGGAUUAAGAUGGAAGAGAUAGAAGAGAAACCUUUACUUUACAGGACAAUACCAAUGUUUCCAUUCCAGCAGAACGUGGGGUGCUUUCUUUGAUAAGCUUUCUUUUUUCGAGCACAGAUGUAGAACAAAAGUUGCUAAAGCCUAAGUCGACAUGUCCAACGCCUGAAGAGUCGUCUACUGAACUUUCAUGGGAUUUGCAAACUUUUGCACAGAGAUUAGAAAACUUGCUGUACUGGAUAUAAAUGUCACUUUUUAAAUCUAGUGCUGUUCACAAUUGUUUUUAUGCAUUUUUUAAAUGUUUGCCACUGUAUUUUAUACAAUGCAACACUUAACAGCUAAUUUGAAUGUUUUCGUUCUGAACUAUAUUUAAAGAAAUGAAAUAUAUUGUGUAAAUAGA